AUCAUACGUACCAUCGCAGAACUUCGCGAUACGAGAUUCGAAAUUCGUUAGAGCGAGGUCCCUUUUAUUUUUGGAGUCCGGUUUGGUUUGAAAGUUUCUUCUUCGCAGGCAGCUGCAGUCGCUAGAAGCAACGCGAAAGACUUCGAAACGCAGGACAGAGUUCCUAAUCAGCUGGAAACAUGGCAACCCCCGUUCGAAUCCCGUAACGAUUAUAAUACAUUUAUUUGUGCAGCUCCGUAUUUGCCUAGCAAAACCAACGAGAAGAAAAUCGGAUCGAACAGAAUUUAAAACGUUAAACCAAAAAACAAAGGAGAAUCCUGAUUUGACUGAUAAACAUGAGAGAGAGAGAGAGAGAGAGAGAGAGAGAGAGAGAGAGAGAGAAAGAGAGAUAUAGCAGCGUGUAAAUAUGUGCAUAUUGUAACAUAGACGUAAGUCGUAUUUUAUACAACGUACCUUCGUGCCCAUGGAGUUCAUUUUCGCGGCCGGCUCCACCCCAUGGGAGCAGCCUAUGCGAGAUAUGCGACUUUUCAGCAUUUAGCUUUUUAACGGUGUCAAGUUCGAUUUGUUGUUAAGCGCGUGAGACUCGCCUGUACCAAAAAUUACAGAGAAAAGCAGAGGGAAAAGAGUAAUAAACGACGAGGAAAGAGGAAAUAGAAGAACACGCAACAGACCAAAAAACAGAACGGGAGAAAGAGAGCACAAGAGAAAGAAUAGAAAAGGUUUUAUUGAACGGUUGCAACGUGUUCGUGUGCAUUUGCCGAUUCGAGGCACAGCGAUCUCUCUCGCGAUCCACGUUCACCUGUAUACGAUUGUUCGCUUUUUCAUUUACACAGUUCCUAUGUACAGACGCGCCUGGAUAUGCGUUGGAAUUUUUCUGAGUAUAGCCGAGCAACCUCGGGUUCAAUAAAGCUUUUCAACAAUGUUCAAGCGUGUUCGCCGCCGCGUGUCAUUUGUAAAAUCGCUCUCAGCGCGCUUCUUGUUCCGCUGUAAAAGACAAUCAAGACGUUCCGUGCAGCACGCCACGUGUACGAAAUAAUGAAACGAAACGAAAGAAAACGAGACGGUAUCGUCACUUUUUCGAGCAGAACCUUGGCCUGUUUUCUUUUUCAAAUUGAUUGCGAUCGAUUGACCUCCUCUUGACCCCGGAAAAAUUCGUGCAGCGAUCAGGAACGCGCGGCUUUCUAUUGUUCGCGAGAACGUUUAACGAGCAUCAUCUUAUUCGAGGGAACAGGUCAACGAAACCGUGAAACGAAUCGACAAAAUUUGUUUGUUGCCCUUCGUCAACUUUGCAGCCUGCUACAGCCAACAGACAGCAUCAUUCCAUUAUGCAAUUAUGUUCGGUACCAAAGACGAACCGCGUUUCGCGCGUUCGAAAGGCCAAGAUGUAGACUACUUAAACCUUAAACGUUGUGUUAAUACUUGUACAAUUUCCAGUCUAUGGUAACGUUACAAUAAAUUCUUUAUUCCAUGCAUGCGAUCGUCUGAAUCAUUGUAGCUGAUAAUCAUUGGAAGGUAGGUGUGUACGCGCGGCAGAUGCAGGAUGCAGCGUGUUCACCAUGGAAAUGCAUACCAACGAGCGAGAUUUAAAUAACGCAACGAAGAUGCUAAUCUUUUUUUGUAGAAACCUAUGGUACUAUUUAUUUAAUAUAUUUUGUACGUAUUGGAUGCAUUGCAAUGUCGUUCUCCCUGUGAACAGUACUAUAAGAUCGUUUGGACAACGAUGAAAAAGAAGUUAUAUUUAUUUAUAACAGUGCUAUAAUACGUACAGUAGUUCACAACCGACGAUUGAAUAACCUAUUUUAAGAAGCUGCGAUUACGCAUCGGUUGAAUAGAAAAUCUAAUCGUAAAUCGCAACUCAUAAUCAAAUAUUUAAAAUGUAACUGCUAGUCAUUAAUCGUGCUAAAACUUUGCCCGACUCGCUUGUACAAUAAGUUUCUUGUUUGAUGAGAAUUACAUGUAUGUAUGUAUGCAUAUAUCGAUUGAAAAACGAACUUAUCCCCCCCUUUGUAUUAAGAACUUAAUUGGAAUGAAAAAAAGAAGAAUAUAAAUAUCGAGAAGCUAAUCGAAGAGUUCGCAAAGUGGGAGAAACCUUCCCUUACCACAUUUUCCCGCCAAUAGGAUCGGUUCGCUAGACCGUUGGAACCCCUACGGAGAGACCGUCGAUGUUUCGCGAUGUACACAGUAUGCGUCGCGACGAUGGAUUUCAAUUUACGAUUAACGUAAAUUUACGAGCACGGUAUAAACAGAUUUCCGUUUUCGUGCUGCGAAAAUGGCACAAACGAUAUUGCCGAAACUUGCCUCGAAACCAAUAAUUACGUCAGCCAUGUGCCCCACCGAUUUUUCAACGACAACCCCCUUGUCCGACGUAUUAAACUCGGAGCCAGUGAAAAGACUAUUGAACCAACCAAAUAUCAUUGUUAGAGCCAUUCCUCUUAAUAUACAAACAACUCCAAAUUCCUACAACAAUGUUACCAAUAAGGUGAAAAUGACUCAUAUAAAUGUAAAGGAAUCAAAGACCAAAUUAAAUACAACGAUUCUACCUGAGAAUAUUAAAGAAAAAAAUGCAGACGAUGAAAAUCUUUUACCUUCUAAGAUAAAUGGGAAAUCAGAGAUUAUGCUAGUGCCUAUAAAAUCAGAGAGAAAACCUUGUGGACAUUAUGAACCAUGUGAGAACAUAGUAUGCGACGUGGCAGUGCAACAAUACAUGGAUAGAGAUGGAUCAUCGCCUUUGUUAGCAACUAAUAUAGAAGAGGAUGAGAUAAAUGCACCAGUCACGAAACACUGUAAAAAUGAAAAAUGUGAUGCACUGAGCAUCGAUCAUGAUCGUUGCCGUAGAGCUGUAGUAAGACUAUAUAGAUGCAAUCGGUCAAAAGCCUGCGACAUUUGUGGCACCGAGUUGCAGACGCGAAGAUGUCGCAUACACCACAAAAACUGUACAAGAACGAACGAAUACAGGCAUAACGAAUCAAAUAGGGCUGAAAUACUGAAAGUACGAAUGCGGGAGAGAGAGAUUCAGAUGAUAGAGGCUUCCAAACUAAGCAGAAAGGACUAUACAGACCCUGUCGCGGCAUUGGAAACUUUGAAAAGGAAUGAAGAGAUAAUCAUUAUCCCGAAAUCAGUUCCUGUUCGGCAACCAACUACCAGUACAGUACCCGUGACUGCUCCUCAGCAUAGCCCGCACAUAAACAAUGUAAAUAACAUUUUUGGAAAACUUUUACCCAACAUACCAUUCGUAUUGCCACAGCAAAGUCUAGUUGUUGGUAAAUCGCAGUGUUCUAACGAAAAUGGCAUAACAGCCGCGAUGCAAGUAGCUAUGCCCGAUGCUACGAAUCAACCGUUUAUACCAUCGACCAAUUCUGUUCCUUUAGCUCGUAAUCAAUAUGUUACGUUUGCAACGCAGCACAGCUCGCAACCGUUAACGUUGAACGACAUACUGUUUACGCAAUCUCACGUUAUGAGUACACCGAUUCAAUCAAAACCGGUGCUCACACCAAUCCGCGUCGUGCCUAUAACUAAUUUGAUAACGCAGCCGUCGUUGUUGCAUCAGAAACAAGGUAUACCCAGGUACUGUAUCAUGGCGGAUUCUCCUAUACCCAUACCACUGACCAUAGGAAAUUCGCAGUCCUCGAAAUCAGUGGCAGUAUCGUUGACUGUAACGAAUCAACAACCUGUUCAGCAAACGACGGCCCCCUUGACUAUAACUAAUUCAUUACCCAUUCCGUCGUUGAUACCAAUAACCACAGCGAAGCCACAGCCUACUCAACAACCAAUUGCACCAUUGACAGUACCAAAACCGACUCUAGUUCCGCGGGCAAUAACAAAAAUUGAGAUUCCAAACGAGUCUAAUAUAUCAUUUAAGAAAAGGAAACCAAUAUCGAAAAAGAAACGCAAACAUAAAAAGAAAGAGUUCAAAUGUAAGUAUUGUCUUAAGCGUUUUAGCACGGAUUGGUACUUCAAGUUGCACGUUGCCAUGCACACUGGCGAGUCACGAUAUUCUUGUAAGGUGUGCAAAGAGUCUUUUGCUAAUAACAUCGAGCUGAGGAAUCAUAUGGUACUCAAUCACAAAAAAAACAAAUUACCCGAAGUUCAGGCUCUUAUAAAAAAGAAACGGAGUCUACAGCAGACCUUCCAAUGCUUGGACUGUCCCACGAAUUGUCCUACCAUGAGAGAUUUGAAAUAUCAUAGACAACUGAAGCAUGGCAGAGUAGCGUGUGCCUUGUGUCACGCUGAGGUGAUGCAGGAGGAAUUAGUCAAGCACUUUGCGUCAGUGCACAAUCGAACAGGAAAAAUUUUAGAUAGAAUGGACGCUGCCAUGGAAAAUGGUGAUGUGUCCGACGAGGAUUUCGACACAAAGGAUUUUGUGAAAAUUGAUACGAAUAGCUUACCAGUAAAAACAAAGAUCGAAAACGACAGUAAAACGAAUGGACACAAUUCUAAUUAUGAUGAGAUUACUGUUGAAAAUAUCAAAAUAGAAUUGGACGACUUUAAUGAAACGUAAAACAUUCCAAUUGUAAUCGCUCAUUGAAGUCUCAAAGAACGAAAAAUAAUUAUUCAAAUUGAAAGUAUACUUGUUAUGAAACUCGAGUAAGUGAUUGUUGGCAGAAUAUGCAUAAGUACUAUGAUUAACCAAUUGUUACUUUUUCCACAACUGAAUUUUAUUCGAGUUUUUCAACUAAUUAAAUUAUUAGAUCGUAAUUUAAAUUACGUAGCAGGUUUCGCACAGAAAAAGACAUUUUAAAAUAUACCCAGAUCUUUGUUUCUUAUUCAUAAAAUAGAUUAUAUAUAAAGAGAUAGUAAGAACAUUAUUCAGAUGAGUUAAGGAAUUAUAUUUUUCAAGAAAGUAACACGCUCGAAGAAACUGCUACAGAUUAAAUGGAAAUUAAAUUUAAGAGUAAGCAAAAAUUUUCGAACUGUGAUAUGUGACCAUCUUUCCACUGUAACAGUUUUAUCAUUUCACGUGAAAAAUUUUAAUUAUGACAAUUGUGCAAGCAAACAAAGAUAUAAUCAUACAUAUCUUAACGUGCAUGGUCAGGUAAUUUCAAUGAGAAAUAACUACAUAAUCUUUUCAUUUUAUUCUAGUAAAAGUAUUUUAUAUGGAAA